ACGAACAACUCAGUAACGGAUCUGAGAUUUGCAUAUUUUCCUGCAUAGCCAGUGGUCAAGGCGGAAGUUAUUGCGAGUAGGAAAACCUUUAAAUGUAACUUAUUUUCCAUUCUGUCGGGCAUUCGCAGGUCAACCUCCAUUCAAAGAUGCUGGCGGCCGUGGUCCAGUUGCUACUGUCUAUCGUUAUCUUUUCGCCCUUCGUUACAUCGGAAAUCAGCCCAACCAAUUCCAACACUUCAUUGAAUCCAGCCUUGGACGUUCGCGAUGGAAAAUUUUUUGGCUUAUUUGAAACUGUCAUCAACAAUAACCGAGCUUGCAGGGCAUUGAGUGGUGACAUUGGCACCUGUCUUUCUUAUCCGGAAUGUUUUGCUUUCCGUGGUAACAUCUCGGGUGCUUGCGGCAGGGGAUUUGGAUUAUGUUGUGUCACCACAAAGACCUGCCAGGGUGUUAUUUACGCCAAUAACACGUAUUUCGUCAAUCAGGGUUAUCCGGCAUCGUAUACCGCUGCAGGGCAAUGCUACACCACUGUUAAUCGCCUAGCACCCAACAUUUGUCAACUUCGGCUGGAUUUCGAGGCAUUUUCAAUUGCCCAACCGGAAUCGGUGGAACAUCGCUGCGUCACGGAUAGCUUUGUGGUAACUGGUACCACGUCCCCAGUACCUGUCAUUUGCGGUGACAAUGCUGGACAGCAUAUGUAUUUGAAUAUCGGCUACAAUAGUACAACUCCCAUCAUGCUGACUAUGAUUACAAGUAAUUUGAUGGUUGGCGGUGUCGCUUCUGCCCGCAACUGGAAGAUACGAGUCUCACAAAUUCCUUGCAAUGAAGGUUUUGCAGCGCCGCCGGGAUGUCUGCAAUAUUUUACCGGAAGUGUAGGUGUGAUAAGGUCAUUCAACUUUUUUUUUGAAUCCCGAGGCGUGAAUACAGCUCGACAGCUCUCGUUUCAAGAUUACACGAUUUGCAUCCGCCAAGAAUCCAAUUUCUGUGAAAUGCAGUACAACCCAUGCCCUGAUCAGGUCAAUUUACCGGGCCUCGGAUUCUCCAUCUCAGGCGCUUUGACGGCUGGGGCUACUACGGUUGCGUCCGGAGUCGAUGCAGCGUGCACCGCGGAUUAUUUAAUGAUACCUUGUGGUUCGGAUAUACGAGGUCAAGCUAUUAAGUCGAACGGAGCCGUUUGUGCCGCUCGGUUAUGCGGCAGUGCCUUUAACAGCAUCAAUGCCGAAACCCGAUCAACGCCAGUGUUUACGAGAUCCGUGCCGUUCGAAUUGCGUUACUUCACUAACGGACUGGAAGCCGGCGAGGGUGAACAAGGUAAUUUAGGUUUUUGUUUAACCUAUCAGCAAGAGCCAUGUCCAGCUUCCACCAACAGAUUUCAGAAUAUUUUUAUCUAAAUAAAGUUUGCAUUCAGUCAAACUGCAGGUUUCUUGUUUUACCCGCUUGUUUGUAAUAAUUUAAUUAAUAUGUAAUCUUUUAGUGUGAUGAGUGAGAUGGAUAAAUAUCUUCUUGACAAAUCUUGUACUCUACUAGAAUUGCAAUACACAUUUGAUACAAUAAAAA